AUAUCAAUUUCAUCGAUGCUCGUGCAUCGACAUGUUGCCAUAACAUGCACACAGAGGCUAUCGGAUGUCAUCGGAUCCAGUACAAAAAGGAAGACGUCUUCCAACGAGUGUCGACUAGUUUGUCGAAACCUCUUUUCGGCCAGCCGCAGUUCCAAAAUCUGCUACAAUAAGUACCGUAACGAUUCAUAUCCUUACUAUACCGACGUAAAUAAGAUAAAAACGGCCGACUCAAAUCGAUCAGAAGCAACCAUGAGGCUCACAGCAGUCGUAUUCUUGGUAAUAAUGACAAUCGUCACAAGCAAGGCUUUUAUUCUGCCCGGCACGCCUGAACAGCUGACGAUAAUGGACCACGAACAAAAUCAAGAAACAGCACUAGCAGCCGUCGGCGAACAAGGACUGGAACAUUUAGGCAAACCUAUCACCAGCAUGCCUUUCGCUGGCACGAUUGGUCUCCGCAUUUAUCGCGUGCAGGGACGGAAAGGCCAUCACGGCAGCAGGUCCUUGUACCAAUUUACUCCGGCGGCCAUUUUGGACAUGUCAACCAUAACGCAGUGGUACAGCGGCGUCAACAGCCAACAUUUCGUCGGCUUCCGCGUACAAAUGUGGAACGAGACUAUCCAGCAAGCUGUGGCUUCUCAUUUGAGUCAACUCACCGGAAGGAAGAUUCGUACGUAUCAAGUGCAGUCGGUCCCUUUCGAUCGCGUCGUACUGAAAGCGCACAGCGGCGAUGACGAACGUUACCAAACGGCUUAUCCGUGGAUUCCGUACACUGAAACUGUGGGCUUCAGUUUGCCGUGCUACGACAAAAUCGAAUGUCACCAACUGGCCGAACAGUUGAAAAACGAACCCCAACUGUUUGAUCGUUUCAGACUGGCUUACAGCAUCGACAGCAGACGACGCACAGAAACCAAAGAUGUCAAAGUAACGCAAGACAUGAUGACGGAGACCAAUCCGUUGUUCAGUCAAAUUAGCAAACGUUUCAGCAGGACAAGCGAAAUAUUGCUCACCGUCAACGAUGCUCAGCGUCUGCUAUGGAACGCCGUGUCAGACAUUGUCCGACACAAUUUCCAGGAUGAACCAGAAGCCGUGAUUCCAAGGGAAUCCCACAAAAUCAUCUUUGAUCAGUUGGAAAAAGCCAUCGUGGCUGCUAAAGUAACAAUCUCCACGGCAGAAGACGCCAGAUGGAGCACUGUCUAUUGGGAAGAUCCCGUCAGUCGUCCCGACGCCAUUGCCAGGUCACUCAACGAACGCAAACGCCAGUUAAUUCGUCACGAUGAACUUGACAGCCAUUUCGGCAGUCAUCAGCAGACGAUUUCACCUGAAGACUGGAAAAGUCAAACCCAGGAAGCCAUUGACGAUCUGUACGAGCAGAACAAGGAUUUGGUCACUUUCAAUGGCGAUCGAUUCGUCCCCAAACCCAUCCAGCUGUACAGGAUCAAACUGGUGGCCCUUCGGGAGCAUCGCUUCUGGAAGGAUCUGGAUCAUAUUGAAGUGCCUUAUCAUCCGCGAGUCGACAUGACUGGACCUAUUAUUCACGAUGAUGGUUCCACUUCUUCCAUGGCACUUGUUUUACCUUCAUCGUCAGAUGUGGAUGACGAUGACUUUCGGGGGGAAUCUGACGAUAAAAAGAGUGUUAUAUCCCGAUUGAUUGCCGGUGAAACCUUAAUUGUAAGGUUGAAGAAUGCACGCACAGGUGAAUAUUUGUACCCUGGUCGCGACGAAUUCUCACAAGACGCUAAACGACGCCGAGUAUUUACGUGGCGCAACAAGGAUGAACCUCUUGGCCCAUGGGCCGAAUGGCGUCUCACUGGACUAUGGAGAGCUGGCAUUUUCCGCGUCCGAUUCACCAGUUUGCGUUACCCGGGAGAGUAUCUUUAUCCUUCGGCUGACGAAUUGUCUUACGACAAAGAGCGUCGUCGGGUUUUCACGUGGCGUCAGAGCAGUAAUCCAGAGGACGUGCACACCUGGGCUGACGGUGCAGCUGAUUGGCUAUUAGACACUUAUCGUGUCAACACGGAACAAUUUACCAACCGUUACGCCCUGUUCAACCCGAAACGACGAGAAUAUCUUUACGUUGCUCCCGAUCAACUAGCCCUCGAUGAGACACGUCAUCGCGUCUUCACUUGGCGUGGUGCCGAAAACGAAGUCUGGGCCGGACUCAAGAAUCAAUGGGAUAUUGAAGUUGUACGCUCAUUGUACAACAAACAGUAAAUGUAGGCUACUUGGAUUGUAUAAAGCCUGCCAAAAUUA